GAGUGCAACUCGUGGUAAGAAAAGAAAAAGAGAUAUAAAUGAUGAAGAAGAAAAAUAUGAGCAGCAACCUAGAUCUUUUGCUGAAGACAAGAAUUUACAGAAGAUGAAAAUGAUGCUUCCAAUAAUAGACAAAGGAAAGGUAAUCAAAAGAAUGAUGGAACAAGAUGAAGCUGAAGAAGACUUAAACAAAGGUAACUAUACUUUAAAGUAAAUUGAAAAUAAAAGACAAAUAUCUAUUAAUUACAUUGCAACAGAAAUUGAGUCCCUUAGGUGGUAUGACAUUGGCUCAACUUCUGGGAUACCUAUUGCGCCAAGCUGUAUCAUGCACUUGAUGUUCUCUAGGGUUAACCAGCUGCACGGAGCGAGGGAUCUUCUGGCUAGGGAACCAGCUUAUUCUCCUAUAAAAAAUCCCAGGACUUGUGAUUUCAUUUUACGAAGUCUACACCAUCGUCACAUUGUGAUGGACUGAUGCGACUCUAGCAAAGGAAUGAACUUCUGGGCUCUCUUAUUCUUAUAUGUUGCAACUUAUUUUAAGGCACGAUGUAGGCUUUAGAUAAUAACUUAUGUGAAAUAAAUUAAAUCAUGUCUUAUUCAUAUAACUUAAAAAAAUAAGGAGUCUUCUCUAGGAAAAUUAUGGGGUGGAUGGAUGUUUUCUCCUCAGCUUCAUUGCUUGGCUUAAAUUUAUGAAGAAAUCAAAUUAUAUGAUGAUAAAAAAAAUUGGCAUGAAGUGCUUGUGUUUUAUUUAAAUCAAAUGCUAAACUUUUACUAACUUCAGAAUUAUCUGCCCUGGUUGACAAACUGCAUACUGCCUAUAUACACAUGCGGUCUUCAUCACAGUACUUGCUGAGUGUUCCUAGUUUCGAUAAACACAGAAAAAGUCGUACGGAGUGCGCUCUUUUGAAGCGAUAACGCCAAAAUUAUGGAACAGUUUGCCUCAAUUUUUGAGGGGAAUUGUAAAUGAUAAAAAAUCAUUUAAGAAACAAUUAAAAACUUUUUUGUUUAAAUAGAUUUCGGAGGAACAGAGUGCAGUGAGCAUGCUAAAAUGGCAUGGAUACCGACGCGAUAUAAAUAUCAAAUCUAUCAAUCAAUCACACUUCUUAAUUAUAUGGUUAGAGUGUUAUUCUCUUUGUUAUAUCAAAGACAUGUUAUUCCUAAUUUGUUCUCUGCAGAAACAGACAAAACAGAACUGUCUUCUAAACAGACAGAGGAUACAAUAAAUGGAGCUAACAAAGAAUUAGUUCCAGAAAAUAAAGUUGUCGAUGUUGAAGAGGAAAAAGCUAGACUGGCAUCAAUGAGUGCAGCUCAACUUAUUGUUUAUAGAAAAAAGAAACUUGAAGAUAAAAAACAGAAAAUGGCUUCCUUGUCACAUGCUAUUCUUGAAGAUCCUCAAAAUAAUGUAAUUAUAAAUAAGCUUUCUUUCUGUUAAUUAGUUUUUGUCUUAAGUUUCAUCUGCCCAUUUAUUAUCUGUUUGAAUAUAUUUUUUUAUAUAAUAUUGAUAAUUAUGCUAAUUUUUACCUAGAUGAACAAAUUAAAAGAACUUCGACUUAUGCUUGGAGAAUCUGAUCCAGGUGCUCCUUUGACAGUUAGAAAGUUUGCUAUGGUGUCACUUAUGGAAGUUUUCAAAGACAUUGUGCCAGGAUAUCGUCUUCGCAUACCAACGGAAAAAGAAAAGGCUCAGCGGGUAAGCCCUGACUAAUAGCAUGCUAUGCAAGAAAUUAAAGUUUAAAAAAAAGAUAUGUCACUAUCUGACCGAACUGUGAAAAUUUAAUUAAAACAUUCUUUUGACUCCAGGUGAAGAAAGAAACAAAAAGUUUGUGGGAUUAUGAAGCAUCAUUUUUGUUGAGUUACAAAAUUUAUCUUGAGUUUUUAGAGACUAUGGCAAAAGGUGGGUUAUUUUAAAUAAGGUGAGUUAAUUCAUAUAUAUAUUAAAUACUAUUAUUAAAUAUUGUGUCAAUUCAGACCUGUUCUUACAGAGAGUCUUAGAAUUAUAGCAAACUAUCACUUUUAUUGCAUAUGAUACAUUUUAUCAGAAAUUUUAUAUUCCCAAAAAUAUUAAUCUGAUUUGAAUUAUAGUUAAAUGAUAAAAUUUUGUUCUAAUAUAUUCCAUAGGUAAACCCAUUCCGGAUAAAAGUUUUCUUACUAAGCAUAGAAUCACAGACCUGCCAAUUCCCCAUGAAAGCAGAAUAGUAAGUAGUACACUAAAAUCUUGUCAUUGUUUUUUUCAAUCAUUACUGAAUCUAAUGCAGUGAAUUGCACAUUUCAAUGGAAAACUCUGUAGAUUUUCAAAUUAAAUGAUUUAUGAAAAGGACAUGAAUUGAAUAAAGAAUAUGAUCAUGUAUCUGAAUUACCCACUGUCUGAAAACCUAUUGUAUCUGACUUAUAGUAAAGAAAUUAUUUAAAAAAAACAAUAUUCUUAAAAUAUCUUAAAUUUUUUUUUAGCAACGUGGGCCAGGAAACCUGAAAUUAAAAAGUCAGCCACCUAUUUGACCCAGAAACAUUUAAAUGGUAAUAAGGGGAGAGAGACGGCAAUUGGGUUAGGUAGAAAGAAAUUAGCAAAACAAAGUAUAGGAAAACCUGAAAAAAGGACAAAACAACAAAAUUGUCCCAAGAAGCCUGAUCUAACUCUCAGUUGGAUUGAGUUUCAAAAGGUUCAAAAUAUCAAUUGUUCUGAUGCCUUCAGGUCUUGUUGGAGUGAUGAUGGCAACAAGACCAAACUUAUUCUCGCAUAACAUCCUCACAAACUCAUAGCCAAACAUAUUUUCUCUAAAAAAUUGUGCCAUUCUGCUAGCCAACCCUGACAACGCAACAUUUUCUAUACCUCCGCGCAUUGUUUUCAGAAAAGAUAAAAAAAUUGUGUGAGAUAUCCUUGUGCUUAUCUGCUUCCGGGCCACCCCUUCCACUUUGGGACGAAGCCAUGUUGACGCAGCCAUUGCAAAACUUGCGCUUUUGUCAUCCAGACUCAACACUUUCCCUUCCCUAAGGGUAGUUUUCAGAUAAGGGAUGGUCUCCUUUGUGUUGGCCACAAUGCUAUCUACACCAUUGUUUGCACCCACUGCCAGCUGUAGUAUCAAGGUGUGACUGGGGGCUGCCUCUCGAACAAAUUUACGGAAUUCCUUUGAAAUAUUGUGCAUGAUAAGCAGUGUCCCAUCUCUAAACCAUUCAAUAGAAGCGAUCACAAGGGCAAUUAUUGCCAUUGUGUCUUGUACCAACUCACCUACUGGGGUGAACUUGGAGAACAAACUGAUUCAGACUUAUGUGCCCUUCACACCACAUGGCAUGAAUUUCUUGUUCUCCUUCACUUGUUACACUUUUCUCUGCCUCCUCCUUUUUAUGCUCUCUUUCAUCCCCUUUUGCUAGUAUUGCUGUAUUACCUCUCUUAUCUAAUUAUUUCUGUCACAUUCCUCUUACUGUCCUGUCAGAUACUAAUUUGCAGGUAAAUGUUUAUUUUUAUAUUGUUUCAACUGUUGUUUUUUUUCGCUGAGAAGGCUUCUUGGCGACACGUUUGUUGUUUUAUUGCGUCCUUUUUUCCCGGUUUUUCCAUACUUUGUUUUGCUUAUUUCCUUAUAACCCAGACACAUUAGGUUUGAAUGAUUAUGGUCCUAUACUAAACAUGAUUAUAAUCUUUAACUUUACAUUUUUUUAGGAAUUUGGAAAACUAGCAUUGCGAUGCUUAUGUGAGAUGCUUGUGAAUCAUACUCAUUUUAACUAUCGUAACAACAUCAUUGCUGUUGUCGUUCCUUUUACAAAUCACUCCAACAAUGAGGUAUGUAAGAGUAUAUAAAUAUAAAAGCUAUUAGAAUUACACUUGUCUAUAUUAUUUUUUUACAUUUCUUUUUAACGUUCUAAUUGUUACUAUUGAAUGUUAAACAAAUAAUAAUGAUUUCUUCUUUGCCCUUGGUGUUAAGAGUUAAGAAUAAGUGUUGCUAUAGAGCAGGGGUCAGAAAAGAGGGUUAACUUACUCAAAAAGGGUAAAAUUGGAAAAUCUUGGGGGGUAAUGACGCCCCCAAAGACAUAAAAUUAUAUAAAAGCGUGUUCAGUGUUAUGACAGAAAGUUUUGUUGUGACAACAUUUCAUCUAACCCAGGGUAAUAGAGAAAUGCACGCAACAUGUUGUGGUUCAGCAGCUAGCAUAACCACACAUCUUGUCUUCUAUGUCAUUUUGGCCUACAUCCCUAUUGUUUUAACUUACAUUAUAAUUUAUGUUAUACUUUUUAUAAUAAUUGUAUUACCUGUAUAAAUAUUUCAAUAAACCAUUUUAAAUUGGAACAGUAUUAUUUUCUCCCUUGUAACGUUAACGUGAACACAUAUUUUGGGUAAAUAUCUUUAAAUAGUUUCCCUUUUCAUGAUUUAGAAUAAGAAUUAAUUAAUAAAGAUAAAAAGCCAUAGUUGAAUUAGAGGCAGGUUAAACUCAAUAUGCUAUGUUUCAUAUUUUUCAGUAUUCAGUAAUAGCCUGUGAUGCAGUUAAGUCUGUGUUUAAGCAGGACAAGUCUGGAGAAGUAACACUGGAGGUUUGUUUCAUAUUCCUUCUGAAAUUAUCACAUCUGUUGUAUUUCUUUUUGCCAUGUGUUAUUUUAAACUUAGUUUUGUGUAUAAUUGUUUUAACCAAAUCCUUGGUACACCUGCUCAAUGGUCUGUAAAGCUAUUAUUCCUUUCUAUUUAUACAGAUUGUCAAGAAUAUUGGUAGAAUGGUAAAAAAAAUGGAUUUUGAUGUUCAGCCUCAGGUAAAUAAAGUCUAUAAAUGACCUUCAUUUAGGAAUUUGAGCAAUUAAACAUUAUUUUCGAAGCUAAUUUUUUUUUGGUUUUAAGAGGUUGAUUAGUAAUUAAUAAAUUAUAAUUGAUAAUUUUUAUGGAUGUACAUAAAUCAUAAUUUAUAAAUGUUAUUUUUCCUUGAUAUAAAGUUGUAAGUGGUACUGAAGACCAUCUUUUUCUUUAAUACUUAAAUGUCUUAUUUUCUGUAACAGUCCCUAUCCCUCUUUACAUUGUGAGACUAUUUAGUAGCACAACGUUUGGUGUUACUAUCUUACUACAUUGAUAAAUCAGUAUCUUUUUCAAACCUUUUUGUAAUUUUUAACUUUUUAUGAUAAAAUAUUGAAAAUUUAUUACAACCAUAUGUAUGGUAAGAAUAAAACCCAAGAGCUUUCUGUUGUAAAUUAAAUAAUUUGCCUGUUUUAAAAUGAUGAUUACAUAUUAAAUGAUUAUGUUGAUAUUUAUAAAGGUUUUAGAAACAUUUCUUGUCCUGAAAAUUAAAGAGAUAGACUUAUCAAGUGGUGAUAAGGUGGAAAAAAUGAAGCGGAAGGAGAAAAUGCUCAAACUAUCUCGUAGAGAACGUAAGGUAUGUUUCUUAGUUUAGUCACAUUCAAAUCAAAAUAAAUUUUCAUUUGUGAUAUUUAUGCAUUUUUUAUACCGGUACUUCUAAAGCAGUCUAAGAUGUCCACGUUUACAAUUUUAGUUUUUUCAAUUAUUUUGCAGAGACUAAAACAAAAAGAAAUUCUUGAUAAGGAAUUGCUAGAAACUAAGGCUACAGCAGACAAAAAGCAAAAGUUAAAAAUGGUAAGAAAUGUGUUAUCAAGUUUGGUGUGCUGAUGGUCACUUUUGGAAAUUAUCAAAGCUGAAUAUUAUUGUGAAUUGAAUUUAAAUCUAACUCAAUAGACCCAAAUGAACCUGGUAUUAGAAUUAUUAAAAGGUAUAAAUAAAUAUAAACAUGUUUAUGUUUGUUGAACAAAUUAAAUCUAUUUAUUAUUAUCACAAUUUAACUUUUUUAACAUUUUUCACCACCAGCACACAGAAAUAAUUCAAGCAGUUUUUGAGACUUACAUUCGUGUGAUAAAAUUAGCAGUUGACUCAGCUCUGUUGCCAGCAGUUUUGGAAGGCCUAGCAAGGUUUGUGUGCAAUAAAUGAAUCUUUGGAAAUUAUUAUUAUUUUUAACAUAUACCUUACAAGUGUUAAACUUGAAUGCUUUUAACUUUUAAUACACUGAAUAUUUAAAAAAACGAACAGCUGGAGUUAAUUUAUCUAUAUUUUAAUUCAAAUUUGUUGGACUGUUUUUCAGAUUUGCUCAUUUAAUCAAUAUCGAGUACUUUGACAGUUUAUUUGCUGCAUUUAACAGCCUCAUUGAGUCAGGGGUAAGGCAAUAUAACAAACUAAUAAUUUUAUGUAAAAAAAUCUCAUACACAUUUUGAAAAGUUAUUCAUUAAUACUGUAACUAUAAUUUACAUUUGUAUUUUGGAUUUUUAAAACAUUUUUUCAUGUAUUUCUUUCAAGUCAUUGACCAGUCGUGAAGUGCUGCAUUGCAUGCAGACUGCAUUUACAAUUAUAACUGGACAAGGUUCUGUCAUCAACAUUGAUCCUGCCAGCUUCUAUAAGCAUUUUUACUGCACUCUGCUCUCGGUUCAUGCAGGUAUAUUUAAUUGGAUUUUAUUUUUUAUAUUUAAAACACAAUCUAAAAACACAUUUUUUUCCCCCCAAAGCCUUGCUAAUAGUUAAUCAAAGACUUAAAAUUACCAUAACAGUUUUACCAUUUAUGUGAACAUAUUUCAGGUACUUCUAGUCAGACAGCUACAAUAGUACUUGAUUGUUUGGAUUCAAUGAUUAACAAACGAAGGAGGCAGGUCUGUUAACAAUAAACUGUUUCCACUAAUUUUUAUUAUUCUAAUUGUUUAAAAUUACACCAAAACUUCUAGUAAAAUAAGCUUUCCAGUUCUACAUUGUUGAAAACAUAGUUCCAUAGUUUAUAAGCAUUUUUUUGGAUUGAUGAGAUCCAUUGGUCGCUUCUGUUAAGAUCUACAGUUGUCAAAGGUUUAAAUGGAUUAUUCAUCCUGGCAUUAAAACACAAUAAUUAAAUUAAUUUCUUUUUUUUACGGAGAAAAAUAUAUUGUUCACUACACUCACAUUGUGCUUCCCCUUCUGUUAUAAAAUAAAUAAUCACUCUUAGUCUUAUAGUCAUUCAGUAAGUUAAGUUUUAUGAUAUAUGAUGGCUGAUUUCGCGCUUGAGAAAUACUUGAAAUUUGUCUCACAUUUAAAUUGUCUAGUUUAAAAAUGGUUAUCUUAAUCAGAAUUUGUAUCCAUAUGGUGAAAAUAAAUAUUUACAAUGUAAAAAAGUAAUCAAAACACAUUUCAAUUUAUUUUGAUCAAUUAAAGAAUUUUAUCCCCUCUCAUUUAGCCAAAAAAGUGCCUGCCAUACAAGGGACCACACACUCUCAAAAAUGUCUCUACUUUUCAUUGAUUUUCUCUCUAAUGCACACUCGGAUUUGAAACCAGAUUCACACGCACAACACAAACACCAUAUUCAAUACACAUCUAAUAUUAUGAAAAUGAUAUUCAUUAUUGUGUGUUAAUAAAAAACAGUUUUUUUACUUAAGGUUUCACAACAAAGAAUUCUGGCAUUCAUCAAAAGACUUACCACAUUAUGUCUACAACAGACUUCAGAAACUGCUAUUGCUUUUUUGGCCGCUGUCAGAAAAUUCUUUCAUGUGGGUAUUUCAGAAUAUUGAGAACUUUUUGCAACUAUAGAUGUGAAGUUAUUAUAUUAAAUGAGAGAAAAUGACCAUAUUUCUUAGUUUUAGUAUGAAACUGAAACAUAACUCUUUCACCUUCAUUAACUAAAGACCUUUUGGACUAAAAAAAUUGAACUAUUGUGUACUUUUAAAUAUUUAUUAUUUGUAUUAUCUAUUUACUGGAUUGGUUCAUCCACCCAAUGUUUUAUUUUUAUUACCUGCCUUACCUUUAAAAUUUUAUUCAUAUCUUAAAUUGUACACUAAGUCAAGAAGAAUAAAAUAAUGUUUGACUAAACAUUUUUUCCUUUGUGAUUUUUCAAUAUUUUAUUUUUAUCAUUAGACUUACAAGUAUAGUGACAUCCUGUUUGAUACAGAGGCUCAAGGCAGUGGCGUUUACUUACCUUACUUGGAAGACCCUGAACAUUGUUGUGCUAACAGUACAUCAUUAUGGGAACUACAUCUGUUGAGGGUAUUUAACAUCUUUAAUAAGUAGAACAUAAAAGCUUUAACAGGCAGGUGGAUAAUUUCUUUUUAGACCAAUGUUCUAUUAGGGUAACUGUGGGUAAAAAAAUUAUGUGAACUUAAUUAUGUAUCCUAAAUUAUUGCAGCUAUUUAUCUUUGCUUACAAAAGUAACAAGUUAAUUGAUAUUGGAUGUAUUUAUUUAUUUAUUAGUCACUUGAAAAUAAUUGUACCAGUACUAUUAGUAUAUAAUACUACUGGUACUAUUAGUAUAUAAUACUAAUAGUAAAGUAUAAAUAAUUGCCAGAAAUAAAUGUACUGCAGACAUCAAUUUAUAUUCUGCAUUUUUAGCUUUGAAGAAAUAAUCUUAAAUAUCUUCCAUUUUAAUCACAGCAUCAUUAUAGCCCUGCUGUACGUAGUUAUACAAGACAUAUGCUGAAAAUGGCACCUCUCGCAGGAGCACACCAGUUGUCACAAAAUUUGGCAAGAAAGUGAGUUAUGUUUGUAAUUACUUUUCUUUUAUUACACUUACAUCUAAAACUUGUUCUAUGAAGACUCAAAUAUUUAUAUCAUAUGUUGAGAAUUUUGUAUAAUGAACAUUAGUUACUUAAAAGUAUGUACUUUUUUUUUUAUUGUAGGUCUUCGAGAGAACUGUACGAGUUGUAUGAUAAACAAGACAUAUUUCACAACGUACCAGAAAAAUGUCCAAAGAAAAAGAAGGUAAACAAAAUGUUCUAG